CCGGCUUAAUGACAGAAUAUCGAGGGAAAAUCCCUCGAAUUUUAGUUGUGAUAAAAGGAUUUAAAAAUUCUGGUAAUAACCCAAAAACAAAGCGCGGCUCUUUUCUCUUCUUCUGUUUUCUCUCCCGCCCUCUGAACUGAACACUCCCCAGCUUUGACAUGCGCAAGUCACAGCUCCGUCGCCUCGGUCCUCAGAAUCUCAGCUUCACGUAUGCGCGCGUCUCUAUGGAUGCCUAAUCUCCUUCUCUCUAAUCGAGCAUAUCGGAUAAUCUGCAACUUCUGUAGCUCCUGUCGAAUCAGAGGAUGGAUGAACCAUGCCUUAGGCCAUUCUAUGCAUUCUCAGUUUGCCUUAUUUUUUUUACAUUUUUGGUAAAACUUUUGAUUGACAAGGAUUUAGCUUUCGAAAGUGCGAACUGAAAUUGACGAAUCGACACGGCAAUGGCCUCUGCCUUGGUCGAGAAUGCAGGAAAAGAAAACCCCCGUUUGCCUGCUUCUCCACAUGUCUGCUUUCGAAUAUUUUGGCCAUCUGAAUUAUCAUAAAUUCCUUCGCCGUCCUGUGUAUUGAAGAAAGAGAUUGCCCGGGAAAAUGGUAUGGAACGGAUGCUAAUUCUCAUCUCACGGAGGAAUCGGAUUGAAUUGAAGGGCAAAGUGGGAUAUAUAUGAGCUUGAAUUUGUUCAGCAUCACCUCAAAGAUAUCUUCCCUUGCAAGAUCAGGCCGCAUAUCAUGUGCCCGCAAGCUGUUCGACGAAAUGCCACACAGGGACUCUGUUGCUUGGAACGCUAUGAUCACUGCCUAUUCCCAGCUGGGGUUUCGCCAAGAAUCCCUCUUCCUAUUCGGCCGCAUGAGGAUUGCUGGUGCUCAGCCCGAUCACUUCACUCUUACAGCAUCUCUUACUGCUUGUGCGGGGUCGAGCGAGCUCCUCUAUGGGGCUAAAGUCCAUGCCUUGGUAUAUGUGUUGGGCUACCAAUGUCAUACUGCAGUGAACAACUCUCUGAUCGAUAUGUACGGGAAGUGUUUAAGCCCUACAAGUGCUGACAAAGUUUUUGAAGAGAUGGGCGUUAGGAAUGAAGUGAGCUGGUGCUCGCUCUUGUUUGCGCAUGUAAAUUGCAGCCAAAUUGAUGCUGCAAAUGAAGUGUUUAAUGCAAUGCCUGAACGCGUCACGGUUGCUUGGAAUAUCAUGAUAGCAGGCUGCGCGAGGCAUGGGGAAGUCCAGUCGUGCUUAAGACUGUUCAAAGAGAUGAGAGCCAGCUCAUGUGAGCCUGAUCAGUGGACUCUGAGUUCUCUAAUGAAUUCUUGCUCAGAAUCUUUGGAACUCCAGUAUGGGUUUGUGGUGCAUGCUUGUAUCAUCAAGAGUGGUUGGGAAUUGGCAGCAGAGUCGAAGAACUCUAUCCUGACAUUUUAUGCUAAGCUUUGUUGCCAGGACGAUGCUGUGAAGAUGGUUGAAUCUUUUGAAAUGCUGACUCCUGUCACGUGGAAUGCAAUCAUUGAUGCCUAUAUGAAGUCCGGAGACACCGAGAAAGCUCUUUUGGCCUUCCAGAGAGUGCCCGAGAAGAAUAUCAUCUCGUGGACAACUAUAAUUUCAGGGUUGGCCAGAUAUGGUCAGGGAGAGCAAGCACUAAUUUACUUUGUUGAUAUGCUUAGGAACUCUAUUCGUCCUGAUGACUUGUCAUUGGGAGCUGUCCUUCACGCCUGUUCUUGUUUGGCUGCACUGGGUCACGGUAAAAUGAUACAUGGUUGCGUGAUUACUUAUGGUUUUCAAGCUUGUGUCUAUGUGGGUAACGGGCUGAUAAACAUGUAUGCUAAGUGUGGGGAUAUAACAGGGUCAGGGCAUGCAUUUGAUGAAAUCAGUGGCAAGGACUUGGUAUCUUGGAAUGCCAUGCUGUUCGGACUCGGGAUGCACAGCCGGGCCAAUGAGGCUUUUGAGCUUUUGGAGGAAAUGGUAGCAUGUGGAGCAAAGCCUGAUAGGGUAACCUUUAUCGGCCUAUUAAUGACUUGCAGCCACUUGGGACUUCUAGAGAAAGGUCAAGCCCUAUUUAAGUUAAUGGAAACAAAGUAUGGGCUGGGACGCGAAAUUGACCACUUAUCCUGCAUGAUCGACAUGCUAGGGCGAGGUGGACACUUGUUGGAAGCGAAAGAGCUGGUUAAGGAGAAUCCAGGAACUAGCACAUUGGAGGCUCUGUUGGGAGUGUGUGCUGCUCAUGAAGAAGCCGAGAUUGGGAUCAUUAGUGGAGAAAGCUUGAAGAAUUUGGAGCCAAUGAAGGAGAUGGGAUAUGUGAUGUUAUCAAAUCUGUAUUGUGCAAGCGGGAAAUGGAAGGAAGCAGAGAUGGUGAGAAAGGCAAUGGCAGUUAAUGGGGUGAAAAAGGAACCAGGUUGUAGUUGGGUUGAGGUGAGAAACUCAGUAACUGCAUUUUUAUCCGGGAAUAAUUUUCUUUCUGAAAUGGUAGAUAUAUAUAAGGUAUUGAGCUCUCUAGAUUUCGAAAUGAGGCACCCUUGCACAUCAAAGAGAGAAGUUGAAUGAACGGGCUAAGGAAAAUGGGGAUAAAAACUUAUGAGGUUCUCUGACAGAGUACCAUCCUUUAAAUUGACUGAUCAGGAGCGGGAAAGAGUUUCUGAAGGUUGUAUUGAACUUGUCCCUGCUUCUAUUGCUCUGGACAAUGAAGAGAUUGACCUUUCGGGCAAUCAUGGUGUUGUGGAGUAGGAGGUGGUAGCGAAAGUGAAAUCAUCUCAGGCUGAUGGAAAGGUGGAGUGUCUCGCAACCCCACCAUCCUCCUGGUUAUCCUGGUCUUGAACCGAUUUACAUCUCCGAUUCGGAGUUUUGCAAUUUUCAUGACGUUAAUUCCUCAGAGAACUUCCAAAUCGGUCAGAUCUGGGCCCUGUAUUCUGAUUAGGAUAGCUUCCCAAAGUACUGCUGACAGAUGGUGAAAGUAAAUAGUUGUCCAGAAUUUGUGCUGCAUGUCCUACGGCUCCCCCCCUGCAUACUUCCAGAUGAUGUUACUGGUGGGAAAACAGAGACAUGGCCAUCUGCUACUGGAAGUUCAAGGUCGCUCAGGAAGGGCAAUAUUGCCAUUUAAACAACUACAACCUCUUUCUCUGGUCGCAUGAAGGCUGAACAUGGGAAGGUCGGGUUUGUUCAAGAAAUUACCUGAGAAGGGGGAUGUCUGAGCACUGUACAGGCACUGGAAUCCUGGGACAAGGUGCUCUGAUCUGGAGAGCUGCGAAUAGGAUUUAGUUGGUAAAAGUCAUGGUUUUGGAAUGUGUAGACGGCUUCAAUUGAGUCAUUUAAGUUCUAGCUAUCAGGAAGCUCGAAGGUCACAUGAGAGAUCCCUGUGGCUUAGAUCCUGAGGCUCUUCCAUCAGGUGCCCACUAUUUGGUUGGCUGAAGAAAGAAAUGGCAGACUCGGAGGUUGUUGGGAGCUCGCCGCUGCAGCCUUGCCCUGUUCAUUUUCCAGUUCCAAGCGAAGUGAGCAUCUGCAUGAAUAUAAAUUCUCGCUGUCUCAAACCAGUGACUUUUAACCAUUGGCAAAUUGGUAGGGAGUUGGAAUUCAUUUUAUUCUGGAUUACCUGCACAGGAAGAUCGCAUAUAGCUGCAACUAGGAGGUUCAUUCUGUCGACUAUGUCAGUAUUUUGUUUUGAACUUAGAUCCUGAUAUUAUGAGACCCUAGUAGGUAGAGAGAUGCUUUGGUUUUGUAGAUAAAUAGCUUCUCCUCCUGAUUCUAUUCGGGAAAAUUGUUGUAGUUUUAGUUUCACCCCAAAGUUGUCAAGAUAUAAUAGGACGUUUAACUCCUUCUCUUUUAUUUUGUUGAAAGUCCUCGAAAAUGAAUUCUCGUGGUAUGGUUCACGUUCACAUCUUCUUCGACCAACCUUCAAAUGUGAAUACUUGCUUUCCGUGCCU